GGUUUGUAAAACGAUUAUAUUUUUUGUCUUAGCUAUAACAAAAUGCUCAAACCCUGUAAAAGUGAGUGUCCAGGGUCAAAUAUCCCUUGGAAAAGAAGUUAUGGAGACAUUAUCACAUUUCAUUGAACCAGACUUGAUAAAUGGUAGAAGGUCAAUGAUGUCACAUGAAGAAAAUGAAAUAUCCAAGAAAAUUACGUCUAAAAAUUUAUGUCAAGAUUUACCAUUAUGUGAUGGACGUUCAUCUUUCGUUGAUAACUAUCUUAUAUUACUUACCACCGCGGUAGACAGCAUACUAAAGACAUCUCCCAUAAAAGAACUGUCACUAAAACUGUUCUAUGAGGACUUACCACAGAUUUUAAGAGAUGUAAGAAAAAUUCUUAAAAGUGCUAAUGCAAAAGUUAGUGAUUCAACAGAAUUUUAUUAUUGGAACAGCGUUCUUAAGAAAGUUAGUGGCAAAUUUCAUGGCUUCCUAACGCUAACAUUGAUUGAAAAUUUCAAAGACUAUGAUAAUACUAAUGAUAUUAAAAACGUUAUACAAAAAAUUGUAACAGCACUUGUUAUAAUAGAGACGAAAUACGUAAACAAGCUUUGUAUAGAACAUAAAAUAUGCAUCAAAUCAUUCGAAUGUACAAAGGCGUUGCAUAGAAUUUUAGAAAAAUUAACAAGUCUCCCUGACAACGGUAUUAGGUCGUUUAUGAAACACUUUUAUGAAGCUUUGUUCGCAACUACUUUCUAUUCAAGAUUAAGUAUUGUGACUACAAGAGAGUUUCAGAUUGGAAUACAGACGGUACUCUUGGUAAGCAUUUGCGUAAAUUAAUGAACGAUAUAGGACACGAAGUUACAGUACAACCGCACGAAUUGCCUAUAAAAAUUACCAAUGAAGUUAGAGUGUUUUUGGAAUUGACAAUAGAUCCUGAUGAGU